AUGCCCCUGAAUUUCAAACCUCCGCCCGCUGCCGAGCAGGUCUGCUCCGAAGCCGAGUUGUCUUCGAGUUCCGACCUGACGGGUUGCGCCCUGUUCUGGUGCGAGGCGCAGCAGAACGAUGUGGACGACGGAUCUUGCCAGUGCUUCCGAAACGCGACAGAGGCAGGGGAUUGCAAGGUGGAGUACCGCAUGGUCGGGCUCGAAGACUCGAAUCUGGACGCAGCCGUGGCAGUGGUUGCUGAUGACCUCGGCGUGCCACAGGGCGACCUGGAGGUCGGCAGCGGGCUCCAGGUGCUGAUCGAGGAUUGGGUGACGGGGCAAAUUGACGUGAACGGCAUGGCUUCGAUCCUGGGCUCCCACUCUGGCGCACCGGUCGCGUGCACCGGCGUCGACCCCAGACUUUGUUAUUGCGGCAGUUGGGCGUGUGACAGCAUGCCUAUGGGGAUGGUGCAGUCGAGCUUGGCCUACGCGCGCAGGUUGUCGGCCGAACAUGGCAGAUCCAGGUCUCUGUCUGCCUACAGCGUUGCCAGCCACGCUGAGGUUGAGGUCGUGCUAGGGAUAUCGGUGGCAGGCAGACCAGCCCUAGUCGGUAAAACUGGGGGCGUGGAAUGGAAGUUCAUCAACAACUUCAACAUGGCGCAACCCUGGACACAGCGCGAUCUGCACAGCCUCUGCAACUCUUACCCAGAGACGUUGCGGGUGCACAUGUCUUUCUGUUGGAUAGACGAUUUCAAAAAAUUCGCGAUCCGGAAGGGAGACAAGUUUCCAGUGCCGUAUUCUCGUUUUACAAAUUUGUUUUCUAGAUUCAGAGACGUCGGAACAGCCAGUUCCCGGAGAGGACCUGUGGCCCCAGGGCAUUAUGUAUGGAUGGAUGGGGAUAACGUCAAGGCGUGUUUCUUGCUAUUCGAGCUCGAUCUGGACACCGACGCGCAAACCGACGAAGCAUUAGCUGAGAAGGAUCAGUGGGACUCAUUCUUGGAAGCCUUCAGAGUGGACGCUUCCGAUUACACCGCUGGGGCAUUUCAUACGUCAAAAUUGUGGGUGCGGGUUGAGGCGCAGAGAGCCCUGAUCUACAGCACGCUAACCACAUUAGUGACUGUCUUUAUUUUGGCGUUUCUGUCUAUGGUCAUCGUUACAAGAAACGCAUAUCUUUCGAUUUUCGUCACGGCCAGCACCAUAGGAGUGGUAUGUGGUCUCGGGUUCGUCGUCGUCGUGGUGCUCCAGUGGGAGGUGGGUGCUAUAGAAGUGAUCUCGCUGAUAGUGUUCGUGGGCUACGCCCUGGACUACUCGCUCCACGUCGUGCAGAAGUACGGCACGCACAGCCAGGGAACCUGCUCGCACGCUGUCGCAGAUCACAGAGGGCCCGGCCACGGGGAGGCAUCAGACUCAGGCGCCGGCGAGGGGUUUCCGCAGAAGCAGCGCGUCACCUAUGCGCUGACCUCCAUCGGCACUGCGGCCACGGGCAGCGCCAUCACCACCGUGGGCAGCGCGGUGUUCCUGCUCUUCGCGACGCUCACGAUCUUCAAGGACAUCGGCAUCAUGCUCCUGAUCACCACCUCGCUGUCCAUCUUCACGGCGCUGGUCCCCCUCCCGGCGGCGCUCAUGCUGUGCGGGCCCAGGGAUCCCAAGGACCACAUCAGCCCUAUCCUCAGGCUCGGGCCCAGGCUCGUUCAGUGGUGUCUUGGCAUGGUGCGGCGGUCCCCGAACAAGGCGCUCGAGAUCCAAGACGAGCCGGGCGACGCGCUGAGCGCAAACAAGGACUGGUCGCAGCGGAAAGAGGUCACGGUGGGGCUACAGAGUUUCCAACCGUCGAACGACAGGAUGUUGGAGGUCGAGUCGAGAUCGGCGUUGGGAGGCAGCACUGGCGCCAUCUGGGUCCACGUGCCGAAGCAUGUCAUGCUUGAGGCGAUCUGA